CAUGCAUGCUGUUCAGUGAUCCAUGACGCCUGUCAUAUUUAUUAUUGAUAUGUGUCCCACCCAACAUAAAAAUUGUUUGAUCAUUCGUCAAUACACAGCAGACUUGUGUUUGGCGGCAGAUCAGUGUAUGAGGAUUAAUAUAUUUCACGGAAGAUAAAUUUAAAACUGCAAGCCCAAGGACAUCUUUAGAUAUGGGGAAUGAAACCUCCAAAAAGUCUAAAAAUUCCUAUGCCUUCGAAAUAAUAGAUGAGCACGAUGAACUUAAUCCAGAAGAGGUCAAGCAAAUCGUUGCAGCAGAAGUUGAGAAUGCAAUUUGUUCAAUCGAAACACACAUUAAACUAAAGAAUGAACCGCCUCUUCCUGACACCAGCCCAACAGAACUAGGUGAUAAUGAAAAUCAUGAAGAACAAGGAAUUAUAAGUAAAGAUCACCCUAAAAAAGAGCCAGACGAAAAUUCGUCACAUAUAAACGAAAAGACUAAAGAAAAUGAAUCAGACAUUAGUUUGACCGAAGUAGUGGAUACUAUCAAAAUCGAGACACACACUGCUACAGUCGUCCAUUCGGCACUGUCCUGUCAGAUUCCGGAUGCUGCAAACAGACUAACAUCUGGAGAAGUCAACCACGAAAACCAAGAAACUGAAGAAUGCACGUUAGUCGAAGUAAAGACCGAAGAUAAUGUAAAAAUGAAAGAAAAGAAAAGGUCUAAGAAAGAAAAAGAUUUUACAAAACGAAAAGAAUCCAAGAAAAAAGAAAAAUUAUCAAAGAAAGAGAAAAAGCUUAGUAAAAAGGUUUCUCUAAAAGAGGGAAAGGAAACAAGCAAUAUGAUAGUAAACGAAAAUUAUGCUAAUGUCAAUUAUAUACCUUGUCAAGACACAAUAGGUAUUGCUACACGUAAAGAUUGCGGCGACAAAUUUCAAGAUAAAGCUAACACAAAGAACACCAACUUUUCCGAAGAUAUUUAUCAGGAACGUACACAAGUGGGCGAUAAUUCGGUAUUAGCUUCUGCGAAUGACAUAUUGACAAAAGAAUCAGACGAAAUAAAACACAUCGACGAACAGAGAGAAAUAUUACUUAAAAAUAAGAUUGAUGCUUCUUUAAACUCGUCUAUUUCUACCACAAAUACCUGUGCAACAAUCACUGGGAAUAUGGAUAUGAACCGACAGGGAUCAGUUCAAAGUAGCGACAAAGAAAGAACAAUUUCGGACUCAAAUAUUAAUAUGAAAAUAGAAGGUUCCAGCAAAGAAGGUAAAAACUACCUCCAAGAGGCAUUUGACCUGAUUGAUGCAGUACAAAGUUCAAUUCCCUCUACAACUGCUAAAAACAGUGAAACAUCGCUUGGGGACAGUGCUCCGAACGCAGACAUAGCUCUGUCAGCGAGAAUCAGACGAGAAUCUCAGACAAUAUUGGGUGAAUCAGUCAUUGAACAUACCGUAUCUGAUGAAUCAUACAAACUUUCCAAUGCCAAGGAGGAAAAAUUAAAAACAAAUGACACAGAGAACAAUGGAACUUCCCAAAUUCACCCAGCGAACAAUGGAACAGCUCAGAUUCACCAAGAGCAGCCACCAAAUAUUGUAAAUCGAAUAUUUAACAACAAUAACAACACUAUUACUGAAGUUGUUAGUAAUGGCGAUAGUGUUAAUAUUACAAUAACAACAAUCAACAACCUCAGCGAUGGUGUUAAUGAUACCGUGGUUCUUAGUCAUGUUGCAUCAACAAUUAACAAUAAUCAAAAUGACAGUGUUAGUGAGACGAUUAUUUUGAAUCCUUCUACUUCAACCAUUAACAACAACCCAAUUGUUAGUGAUAACACUGAAACAACAGAUAUGAUAGUUUCAGAUCAGUCAAGUAUAACUAAAGAAUCGAAAGAAACCAGUCAAAGCUAUGAGAAUAAGAAUGUCGAAUUAAACACUGACAAAAACAAUGUUUUUAAAAGGCAAAGUUUAGAGACAAAUCCUGAUGAUACGGGAAAUAAACCAAGUAAUGAAAAUAACCAUGAUGACCAAUGUUCAGUGACCGGGAAUGAUGUUUUAGAAAGCAUAAAUAGUAAUGCGUGCUCAGAAAUUGAUAGUUUAAAAACGGCCAUGGUAUUGAAUAGAGGUGAUCAGGUUGAAAAAAAGAAAAACAAAAAACAAAAGGAGGAAGAAAAGAAAAAACUAAAGGAAAGCAAAAAGAAACAAAAAAGUACGAAGAAAAAAGCGAAAACAGACAAAGAAAAGGUAGACGAUGAAUGUAAUUUUGAGACUCCAGUAAGUAAUGAGAAAUUAAACUCGUUCUGCGUGGAAUCUGUUGAAAAAGAAACACCAACAUCAGGGGAGAAUGGAGCUAACAAGCUAAAAGUUACUCUUUCAAAAUCUUCAAGUAAAUCUGAUGAUGAAAAAAAGAAAAAGAAAAAGAAAGAAAAGAAAAGUAAAGACAAAACAAUAAAACCGCCAUUAGUAGAAAUUCAUAGGGAGAUCCCUAUAACUAAUAAAGGCAUUUUUGAUGAUGUCCCAAUAGAAAUAGAAGUCAAUGAUGUUGAUGUCGUGUCGCUGUCUUCACUCUCCUCAGAUGAAACAGAAAUUACGCAAAAAGGGGAUUCAAAAGAAACGUCUACGGACACUCAUCUUCUAGGUGUGAACGAAGUUAAUACUAGACCAAAAAGUGACGAAUAUGUUACAAUAAGUGUUAUAAAAAAUAAUCAGGCGAUUCCAACUGUUGGAACACAACAGACAAAAUUAGAAGAUAUAUCUAAAAUAACGGAUUCCCCUCUGAGUGACGCGACGACUGACGUAACUAAACUGGAUGUGUUAAACGAUAUUCCUAAAACACCAGAAGUUACACCCGAUAUUUCAACUUCCGACUCCGCAACCUUUGCAGAAAGAGAAAUUUCAAAUCCAAAGAAAAAAUCAAAUAAAGAAUCUAAAAAGAAAAAAAGAGGUUCAAAAUUAUUACUCUUUCGCAAUAAUUCUGACGUUUCUAAAGCUGAAAAGGACAUUGCGACACAGGAAGUUUCAUUUGAAACAGACCCAACAACCGAUUUGCCAAAAGAGAGAAGAAGGUCUUUUUCAGAAUUUCUUCGACCGGUUUUUGGUAAUAUCUUUUCCAAAACAAGUUCUACCUCAUCUACAAAAACAAAGCCGAAAAAGACCGAUUCAGUAGAAAAUCAGCAGCCAACUGAAACAGGAGAUAUUGAAAUGAAGGAAUAGGCAUUACCCUGAAAUUACUGUACACUUCUUGUGUAGCAUUUCUGCUAUCCCAUUUAUGUUGACAUCUUAAUUUUAUGUUGUUGUUAUUCGUUGUCGGGUUUUUUUUGUUGGUUUUUUUUUUUUUUGGG